CUUAUACCUCACGCCACAUAAGGUUGGACAAGGAGUAUGGCUAGAAUGCUGCGCACCCUAGCAGUGGUAAUUGCUGUAUUACUAACGCCAACCUUUGGAGCGAUAUAUUGUAAGAACGGCGGUGUUAUGGAAGAAACUGAAGUUUUAGAAAUUCUUAACGAAGUAAAUACAGCUAGACAAAAAUUGGCUAACGGACAACAGAAAAACGCGGGUGGUGACCGCUUGCCUCCAGCGUUGUACGGUUUGACAAACCUAACUUGGAACUGCGAUUUCGAAGUGGAAUUCAGCCAAAUUCCUGAAGGAUGCUCUAAGUUGGGAGAUUAUGAUGGUGACCGGUUAUUUCAUCAGGACAUAGUUACUAUCGAUUAUUACGAACUUACAGUGGGGGAGGAUAGCGUUCAGUUCAGUGGCGUAAGCAAUGUGGAAAGAUACUCAAUGUGUAUGCACGAGAAUGCAACAACCAUAGGAUGCGUGACAAUUUCAUGCCCAUUUCUCUUGCCAUAUUUAGAGUGCAAAACUGACGCACCGUCGCUAAAUAAUGGAGAUCCAAUCUACAGAGUCGGUUCGGCAACUACAAGCACCACAAUGACAUCUAAACCCAUCACAAGCACUACCACAUCGAGUGCGAAGAUAGAAACAGCAACAUUUACUACUAUUGAAAGAAGUUCUACAGAGACAGCAAGACCGACGACUAUGUCGCGCACAACCACACCUAAAUGUGCUACGACCACCACUUGUAGAGCAGCGAGGAGCGAAAGGGUGAAACGAGAGGCGACAGCUGGAAAUGUAUUAAAGGUAUCUCCUGCAGUUCCGCAGAAGUCGGUUAUGCCCAUAAAAGGUAAUCAAAUCUGUCCAAGCAACAUCGAAAUGACGGACACUCUCAGAUUGCGGUUUUUGGAUAUGCAUAAUUAUCGUAGAUUAGUACUAUCACUGGGAAAAUAUAAAAGGAAUGGAGACUUCUUACCUCAAGCCAAAAAUAUGUUGAAGUUGGUCUAUGACUGUAAUUUGGAAAGUAUGGCAAUAAAUCAUGCGAAACGUUGUGUUUCGAUAACCUCAAAGCCUGGCAAGAAGUAUUUCGGUGAAAAUCUCUCCCGAAUCGCAAAAUUUGGAAAUACAAGUCUCGCUGAUGCCGUUGUCACGACAGUAGAAUCAUGGUGGAAAGCUGGUAAAACCAUGCGCCUUCGUGAUUCCUUAAUAUUUCACAAGGUCUAUUCGCAUACUCUUAUUGAGUCGUUUACUCAGAUGGCAUGGGCAACCACAAAAUAUCUAGGAUGUGCUGUUGCUGACUGUCAUUCAUCCUAUGUGUCUGUAUGCAAAUAUUCACCAAGAGGAAAUAUCGUUGGUAAAAGUGUAUACAAACCUGGUAGCAGUUGCAGCGAAUGCGGUCCUGGAUCCACCUGUGAGGCUGAGGUGGGACUUUGCGUCUGAAUGCUGAACAGUCCAAUAAAGUUUUGUUGAAUCUUUUCG